AAAAAGACAUAUAAAUAGCCUUUCUUCUCUAAAAAAGAUAUUUUAUAAAGAAAUUAGGAAGAAAAUUACUAGAAGAAGUUUUUUUCAGCUCUUAAAAAUACUUAAAUUUGGAGAUAAUAACUGAAAUUUAAGAUAUUCAAAGUUGUCCUUUAAAAUCCUUAAAUUAAAGCAAGAAAAAGAUAUAAAAACAGAUAUUAUUAAAGAUAAAAAGUAGUAAAAGAUGUCAGUGGAGUGUACAAGUCAGCUGGGAUUUCAUCGUCCACUUACCAUGAUGGUAAAGGAAUCGCUUUUUAUUUGUAAUCCACACGAAUUUCCAAUUAUAUUUAAGAUUAAAACAACAGCGCCUAAACAAUAUUGCGUUCGACCAAAUUCGGGUCGUAUUGAAGCAGGAAAAGAAAUAGAAGUUUUGGUUCUUUUUCAGGCGUUAAAAGAAGAACCGCCUCUUGAUUAUAAAUGCAAAGACAAAUUUCUUAUCCAGUCUAUUAUUCUUAAUGAUAAAAAUGCUACGGAUUCACAAAACAUGCUUUCACUAUUUGAUUCUGUUGCAAAAGAAGAUAUUUAUGAAAAGAAGAUUAAAUGUGUUUUUCUUAGUCCUGUACAAGAUUCUGUUCACAAUAUUUCAGAAAAGUUUUCAAACGGCUAUGAUAAAUUCGGUUCUACACGAUCUUCUCAAACUCACGAUUAUAAUACAGAUUCAACAACCAAGCCCAUACUUGAUCCUAAUUAUUCGUUACAAGAAGAUAGCACAUUAAUUAACAAGGCACUUGAAAAUCCGGAAUCAAGCAGCAAUCUUGCAAUUCAACUAGUUGAAGCUAAAACAACAAUCAAAAAACUUAAAGAUCAUUUAAAAGAAUCGGAACUUCGUCAUCGUGGUUCUGAAGCAUUUGAAAAAAAGGAAAAAACCGCCGCAGAAAAAAUCGCAAUUACAACAACAAUUAAAAGUGUUCCAAUUCAUGUUUGUAUAGCACUUUGUUUAGCUGCUUUCUUUUUGGCAUAUUUUGCCUUUUAAUUAGCAACACCUGAAAAUUUGUUAUUAUCCAGAUGUUAUUUUUAAUUAUAUUUUUAUAAUUACA